CUCCAGAUAGCUUUAGGGGAGUGUUACCGGGUGCAUUACCGAGGGGUCAGCUCCAAAGCCUUCGUCAGGAACCUCUACAUCUCAUGCCUGUAUAAGGAGUUGGGUUCCUUCCUGUUCGGGUGCUGCGUCGGCCAAUCCCUGACUAACAUGGCCAAGCUGAGCGUGGGGCGGCUGCGACCUCACUUCCUGUCUGUGUGCGGCGUCUCGUAUGCCUCGCUCAACUGCACCCCCGGAACCUACGUCUCCAUGGUAACCUGCCGACAGACAGACCACCGAUUGGAAGAGGAGGCCAGGAAAUCUUUCUUCUCUGGUCAUGCUUCGUUUGCAAUGUACACCAUGCUGUAUCUAGCAUUCUACCUCCAAGCCAGGUGGUGUUGGCGAGGGGCCAGGUUACUCAGACCCCUCAUACAGUUCUUCCUGGUUCUGCUAGCUGUGUAUACAGGCCUGACUAGAAUAUCGGACUAUCGACAUCAUCCCUCUGAUGUCAUCACUGGCUACAUACAGGGAGCCUUGACUGCCUACUGGGUGGCCUUCCACGUCUCCUCCAUGUUUAAAGACUACAGCUCUACCCUCUCUCCUAGCCUGGACAACCCCCUGUCUCCACAUCUCCUCCAUGUUUAAAGACUACAGCUCUACCCUCUCUCCUAGCCUGGACAACCCCCUGUCUCCACAUCUCCUCCAUGUUUAAAGACUACAGCUCUACCCUCUCUCCUAGCCUGGACAACCCCUGUCUCCACGUC